AGAAUUCUCCCUGACCGGUUGAAGAGUGGAGUUCUUUUCUUUCUUGGCGUGUGGAUAAAUUUUAUCUGUGAAUUUGACCUAUUGGUGGAAGCUGUUGCCUGAUGGGCUUGAGUUUUAUCUGAAAUAAACGCUGCUUGUGUCUUUAGCAGAAGUCUCAUUUUGAAAAAAUGGCUCCAAAUUCAACUGUCGUGGAAGAACCUGUUCCUCAAAAAGAAUCCGUGAAGCCAGAAUAUAAACCAAAGAUAGUCUGGUUCAAUGUUAUGCUUUUCGUGUAUCUGCAUGCAAGUUUCUUUUACGGUGUUUACUUGGGUUUAACAUCAGCAUCUUGGAAAACUGCCCUAUUUGCCUACAUUUAUGGAAAUCUCGGUGGAUUAGGCGUUACAGCCGGUUCACAUAGACUCUGGUCUCAUAGAUCUUACAAAGCAAAAUGGCCAUUGAGAUUUCUACUCUGUUGCUUUGCUAGUAUUGCAGCCCAGAACGACAUCUACGAGUGGUGCCGAGAUCACCGGGUCCAUCACAAAUUUACUGAAACUGAUGCUGAUCCACACAACAUCAAGCGAGGAUUCUUCUUCGCUCACAUGGGAUGGUUGAUGUGCAAGAAACAUCCGGAUGUGGCCAAGAAAGGAAAGACCGUUUUUCUGGAAGAUCUGUGGGCUGAUCCUAUUGUUCGAUUUCACAGAAGGUUCUACAUUCCGAUGUCUGUUUUCUUCUGCUUUGUAUUGCCAACUAUGAUACCCGUCUGGUGUUGGGGUGAAACCCUGUGGAAUGCAUUCUUCAUUGCUGGUAUGGCAAGAUAUUGUUUCAGUCUGAAUAUAACCUGGCUGGUAAAUAGCGCAGCCCACAAAUAUGGCGACCAGCCAUACGAUAAAUAUAUUGAGGCCAGAGAAAAUGCUUUCGUUGCCUUCUUCGGGCAUGGAGAAGGUUGGCACAACUACCAUCAUGUCUUCCCAUGGGACUACUCAACAAGCGAAUUGGGCUACACUCUCAACCUGACCAAAGUAUUUAUAGAUUUCAUGGCACUGAUAGGGCAAGCUUAUGAUCUAAAAUCUGCUCACCCAGAGAUGGUCAAGAACAGGAAGUUGAAGACGGGAGAUGGCACUAGAAUGAAGCAAGUGGACGAACACGAACAGCAGCUCUCCUGCGCUCAGUCAUAAGUUCCAUGUAGAACACCAUUUUUUCACUUUCGUUCCUCAGUUUAUUCAUUGAAAACUUUAGACUUGUCAUUCUUAACUCCAUAUCAUCGUGUUUAUAGCUUGUAAAAAUUUUCGUUCAGAAACGGCUGAAGCAAUCGAAUUGUAUACCAAAAUUCUGAACUGUAAAGAUUUUUUGUAUGUUUUAUGGGUGAUGCUCUGAAAAUAUGAGUAUUGAUCCUUGCUCAUAUGUACUUUUUAUGUCUUAAUAACUUGAAUAAAUUUUUAAUUUUUAAACUGUU